AUGCGCAUUUCCAUCAAAAAUACGCUUGAUGGUGAUAGCUUACAAUUGAUAGAGAAAAAAUCAGAUUAUCUACAAAUACCUGAACACCAAAUAUUUCCACCAGAACAUAACCGAUCUGAAUAUUAUGAAGAAGAUAGUAUUCAAACUCCUGAAUAUUUUAGUGUCAAAGAUAUAAAUGUACACUAG